UUUAACGCCGCACGAGUCGAGUGAAUUCGGUUGAUAAAUUAGAAAUAUGUAAUAUCGACGUAACAUCAGCUGGCAGCUGACGUGACAGUUCCAACCUCCCACGAAAAUAAAUAAACUAUUGUUACGAAGUUCUAUUAUUUUAUUAUGAAAUGGCAACGAUGGGAGAUAAAAAUUCAAACUCUUCACUCGUGAAACGAGUGAAUAAACUUCUGGAGUCUCGGCCGGAAAAUGACAAGGACACACUGGAGGCUCUCAAGGAGCUCUCCACCUUCUUCCCCGAGAACACCCUGAAUAACCGUAGAAAUCUCCGCAGUAAAAUAGAAAAACGAGGUCUAGCAAUAAACGAAGAGUUCCUAUCAGCCUUCAGGGAAGUGAAGUCCACCCUGGACGACAUUCACCGGGAUGUUCUUGGGAUGAACAACUCAAUUCAAUCGAUGACGAGUCGUUUGCAAGCCACGAAGACCCAGACCCUGAGCCUCAUAGAUCGCACCACGAAACUCCAGAAUGAGAGUAAAAAGUUGUCGAUGCAGCACGAAGUGGCGACAGCUUUCAUAAGGACGUUUGAGCUCUCCAGGAAUGAGAUAUCAAUCCUGCACGGCCAGACGAGGGAAGAACCCAUCACUGAGGAGUUCUUCGCGGUUAUCAAUCGUCUCCAGACGAUCCACAGCAGCUGCAGAGUUCUCAUGCAGUCGGGAUAUCAAACACUCGGACUCGACGUCAUGCAGAGAAUGACGUUGCUGCAGGAGGCUGCGCUGGAAAGAUUGUACAGAUGGACACAGAACCAGUGCAGGCACAUUGAGCACGAUCACUUCGCUCCUUUGUUGAUAAAGGGAAUGUGCAAGCUCCAGGACAGGCCUGUCCUGUUUAAAUAUAUUAUCGAUGAGUACUGCACUGCCAGGAGGGCCGUCAUUGUCGGAGCUUUCAUCGAUGCGUUGACCCUGGGGAGCAAAACCGGAGGGACGCCUAAUCCCAUUGAAAUGAGGGCUGAUGAUCCCACGAGGUACGUGGGGGAUAUGCUAGCCUGGUUGCAUCAGGCGAUCCCAGUUGAAAAGGAGAAUAUUUUGACACUUUUGAAGGCAUGUGAUAAGACAGAUAUCUCAGAUCAGGUGAAGCACGCCCUCGGUAACAUCACCGAGGGUCUCUGCCAUCCCCUGAAGUCCAGAAUCGAGCAUCUACUCGACUUCGAGGCACCUGCCACCGUGUUAUAUUCAGUCAUGUCACUCAUUCGAUAUUACCUAGGAAUUUUAUCGGAUAUCAUUCCUGAGAGUGUCCUGGUGAACACAUUGAGUGAACUCCUGGAGCUCAGUGAGAGGAGUUUCAAUGCCAGAUUGCAGAAGGAGACUCGUACGGCGCUUGGAGAUCGUGCUGAACCGCCUGGUCAGGAUCUUGUUCCAGCUGUGUCUGUUUCCAGACUUCUAGGACUUUUGAGUGAUGUUCUGUCAGUUGCAUUGAUCGUCACUGGGGACGACAGGGAGAAGGACAUUCAGAGGAUUGUCUCGUGUAUAAUUGAUCCAUUACUUCAAGAAGUCGACGAGACGGCCACAAGGCUUCCAGCAGUGGACAUGGCGGUCUACUUAUUAAAUUGUCUUCAUCAGAUUCAUUCAACUUUGUCUCUCUAUGAAUAUAUGGACCAGAGACUCGAGAGACUUCAGGCCCAAUCCGAUGCACAAAUAGACACCCUGACGUCUGAAUUGGCGAGUUCGCUUGUGGCUAAUCUCAACCUGGGGCCUAUCUACACUAUUCUCCAGGGGAAGGAGCACGGACCCCUCUCAGCAAUUCCUGGAAUGGAUCCAGUUAGUGUGAAGGAGUUCACUAAUAAAUUGGAGUCUUUCCUUCUGAUGUCUGAUGCCUUCCUCCUUCCGCAAAUAAGCCUCCUUCAAAACAGCACUCAUCGGUCGACCGCUUUGAAGAGAUCAUUCCAAGUUAUCGGGGCUAUUUACAAACAACUUUACGAUGCCUGUUAUGAUCCUAAAAAUCAGUAUCAAAAUCCUGCUGGAUUGUUCGUUAGAACACCAGAGGAUCUGCUCGACAAACUUGUAUCUCAAUAAAGAUUGAAUUAAUAUUUUUUAUUUA